AAAGUGCAGCCAGCAGCACUAAGUAUUUUCUCCACUGCAGAACAGCUGCUCGCUUUGCCUGCCACACGCUGACCGCUGACGCACUCGGAGUGGUUUGCGCAUGCGCAAUACGUUGGUGCUGUAUGUUAAAUUUCUCAAAAGUGAUUUUUUAGAUUUUUUUAUAAAUAAAUGCUUUUUUUGCAAUAUUUAGCAGUGUCUCAAUUACAAAUAGCUAGGGUUCAAUUUUUUAACGUUGAUAGAAUAUCGGUAAACACAAUAUUUCUUGAGAAAAACGUAUUUUUCCAAGGUACAUAUAGCACAUUUCUUUUUUUAUUUUUAAUUAAAAAACUACGGAGGUUCAAUUACAAUAAAUAGAUUAUUUGUAAUGUGCAAUUAAAAAUACAUCGACUAGUAUUUUUUUUAUUAUAUAUAUUCAAUAUUUGCGGGCUGGGGUAAGGGGGGUCUCAGCAACGGCGCGCCAGGCGGCGCGAGCGGCGUACACGCUCAGACGUAUCCACACCGCGCGCCUUUAUAAGGCGGACAGCGCAACACGGUAGACAGUUCACUCGAGCUCCACUCCAGGUAGCAUCGUGCGCACACGUUACUACAGGGAACAGCGAGAGAUAGAUCUGCACCGACGAAGUCGUCUCGUGAGCACACGUGACGACUUGGUAGAUGAACCGAAACCCGUAUCUCCGAACCGCGAAACUCCGAAUUGCCGUCGUGAGCACACGAGGCAACCCGGAACACCCGAGCGACAUCGAGCCUCGUCUACGUGAGCACACGUGACGAUACCCGGUGCCACCGUAAAAAUCCUAACCAACAAAGCCAGCCUUACGCCGACAUCUCACGACUCGCUUUACCUCUGUGCGCACACAGGAUAAAGAGAGGAACGAGACGAGCGACGAAGAUUUGUGGAGCCGUGCGCACACGACUUCAUAAAUCCGAGGGAUACCCUCAAAAUCCCGUUACACUAUCCUGGCCGCUACUGUACGCACACAGGGCGGUCGAGAUUGUUGUUACGUAAGUCACCCGGAUCGGUGUAGCCGUGCGCACACGACUCCACCGUACCGAAUGAAAUCCUAACCUUCAAACCCAUCACCGAUCCGCCAUACCGUCACCGUACCGAAACACCGUAGCCGUAACCACCGACGCAUUGUUGUAGCGAAGUCGCGUAGAUAUUUUCGUAAAUUGUUGACAGCGCUAGUUUAAACAAUUCUGUUGGCGAGUCUUCGCGCCGCUUGCCGUCUAUAGUAGACUACAGGGCUAAUCUAGCGCCACCAUGCGGGCAGCGCUAGGUAUUCACGCGUGCUCUGCAAAGUACUCACUCUCCUGCCGACCGCUCUCGAAGCAACAGCUCCGUCGCCCGAGUUAUAUAUAUAAGAAGAAAAUAAAGAGAGUUAUAACAGAAUAUUAGAGCCUUGUUUAAUUACGAGUUCUCCUCACCAACCAUCCAACUAGGAUUACUCUAACAGGUUGUGAGCCAGCUCGCUGGAAUAGAGGAAGAACCGAGAAGAAGACGACUCAGAAGUUUUUAUUUUUAUCUUUGUUCAGAGGAAAAUAAAUCAGACGUAUCAGAGGUCUAGAGGACAAAUUUCAGAAGAAAACAGGAAAAGAACAUCAGAAGCGUUAUGUCUGAUUGGAGUCUUUCAGACCCAUUACCAUCAAAUGAGAAAGAGGUGGCCAACGAAGGCAACGAAAAUCAAGUGGACGAUCAUUUGAAUAUCCACCAAGAUUCAGAUAUAGAAGGGUAUACACCCCCGGGUACACCCCCAAAAAGAGAUAUGGAGGGAAAGUCUCAACCUACUGACUCACAAAUGGAGUGGAGAAUGGAUAAUCUGGAGAAUGCUCUCGAGAGACACUCCGAUAUACUCGACAAUCAUGCUGAAAUAAUCAGAGAUCAAACAGUAGCCAUACUCGAUAUGAAGGAAAAUAUUGACAACCUAAACACCGUCAUACAGAAACUCACAGAACAAAUAGGAAAAUUAACUUCAGAGCUGGAAUCAGACAGACGCAAAUCAGACGGUCAGCCUUCAGACAACAGGCAAAAAAUUGCAGCUAAACAGGCGAUAAUCAUAGACAAGUGUUAUCGCUGCAAUAAGGUGGGACACAGAGCAGCCUUUUGUCCUCUUAAAGAGUACAAUCUAUGGUACUGCUUUUAUUACCAGGCUGUAGCUCCACACAAAGGGGAUAAUUGUCCAAAUAAGGACAAUCCCAAAGAUGGGUAUGUAAAAUCUUAUACAUAUAACAACACAAACACACAACACAAACACAACAGUAAUAACUUCAGAGGUAGAGGUAACAGAGGAAGGGGUGGUUAUAAUAAUGUCAGAGGUAGUGGAAAUAAUGUAAGAAGGGGAUCUUUCAAACGCAAGGUCCAUAUACAAACACCAGGCCGAAAUCAGAAGAAGGGAUACAAGGUCAAAGCGAUGCUAACAGGUAACAACACACAUAUAAUUAAUAAAACACCUACAAAACUAGUACUUAUUGCGGACUCUGGCGCAACAGAGCAUAUAGUAAAUAAGAGCAUAAUUUUAAGUAACUUCAGAAAAAGUUCAGGCGAAUAUAUCAGAAGUGCAAAUAAAAAUAAAUCUGCAAACAUCUCUAUAGACGGCAAAGGAGAUUUAAUUUUAAAAUCAGAAUCAAAUGAGAAUAACAAAAUAAUUUUGACAAAUGUAAUUUCUGCCAAAAAUAUUUCAGACAAUCUGAUCUCUCUCAGACGUUUUGCAGACGUAGGUUUGAGUAUUUAUUUGGAUAAUAAAAUACUUAAAAUCUACGAUAAAAAUUCAGACGAAGAGUAUUUAGCUGGGACGUAUGAAAAGCCAAACUGGAUAAUUUCUUUAAACGUAGCAAAACAUGAACAAUCAGAUGAGCAACAAGAAGUCUACGAUAAGUAUUCAUGCACGGCUAACAUAGUCUCGGUAGACGAGUUCUUGCAGCAAUCUCAGUCAGAUAUCAAGGAUCUUGAGGAUCAAAACGAAUCAGAUGAAACUAACGCAUCAGAGGGAACUCAGAUGAAUCCGACUGAGAUUGGGAGGGAGAAGCAGCAAGAACGAACUGUACAAGAAUCAAAUUCAUCUAGUCAGAGAGAAGUUUGUGAUACAAACUUAGAUGAACAAAUUCUGAACAGGAAAAUCCUAAACAUAGACGACUCGUCAGACGAAAUGCUGAAAUAUCUACAAAACAAUGUGAACAACAAAUCAGAUAGAUAAGAAAAGAAGCUGAACGAAGGAAUGCUGUGGCAUAUCAAAUUAGGUCACGCUUCUCUGCAAUAUUUACUAUUGCUACAAAAGUCAGAAGAUAAACUCAGAAAGGUAAAAUUCGACAAGUCCAUUACAGACUGCGAAGUUUGCGUCCUAGCAAAAAUGGAAAACCUGUCGUUCUCAGAAGUCAGAGUCAGAGCAACAAGGCCAUUAGAAAGGAUACACACAGACACAAUGGGACCAAUUAAACCAGUCUCGUAUCCUGGGGAAAAUAAAUUCAUAAUAGGAUUUAUAGAUGAUUACACCAGAUUUGCCAAAGCAUACUCUACUAAACACGAAAGUGUCAAGCGAUGGAACAAACGCUUCUCAGAAGUUGCUUUGGAACUUGGACUAGAAAAGGACAUAAAUGAACCAUGUCUGUUCACGUGGAGAUUACAAAAUCAGAUGGUAGUAUUACUGCUAUAUGUAGACGACAUCAUUCUAGCAGGCAACAAUCAGACGAAACUAAAACAGAUAAAA